UCCUCCUCCCGUAUCCACUUUGCGCACCAGUUAGCAAGAAGUAAGUUCACAGCAAUAAGAGCUCUCGCGCUAAUAUCAUGUAAGUCUCACUUAAUUUUAUUUAUUUACCGUUAAUCAGUCACUUAGUGAAAACUUAGGCCAGUAUUUUCUCUCAUAGUUACUGGAAUUCCACGUCGACAAAGCCGCACAAUCUGAGGAGCCAAAUUUGUACAAUUGAAAAAAAAAUGAGUAACAGUUUAACACAUACCUUAAUUUACGCAUUUGCGCACGCAUGUUUAUUAUGUUGCAUAGCACACACUGGCAAUGCCCAGCGCGAAGGACCCGCAGCUCUUAGACAAACCAUACAAUGGCAACACAAUGGUAAACUUUUUAGCAUAUUAAGCCAAGGUUCGGAAUAUCAGGCACCGAUAAAACGUGACGGAACCAAAGAACCGACGCAACCCAGACCGAUAGCCAUCGUUCGCAAUGAUGACGCGCCCGCGAGACCUUCAUCCUCCUCACGAGCUGCCCAGAGCCGCGGGUCCGAGCGUCUGCACACAGGUACGAGCGCGAACGGCGGCGGCUCGGGCUGGUUAUCAGGUGGACGCAGAGCGCGCGUCAGGGAUUCACAGGAGCGCAGGAAUCAAACGGAUCUGCGGCAGAUGUCGGCCAACGACACCGACGGUAACAGAAAAGAUGAAGUUAUGGUUGGAGAUGAUCCAUAUAACCCGUACAAGUCCACUGAUCCGGACAACCCGUCUUAUAACUAUUAUGACACGUAUGAGAGACCGUCGCCUAGGGAACGACCGGGAUACGGAACAAGCUACUUUCAAUAUGGUUUGCCUGAUCUCGUGGGAGACCCGUACUACAUCCAAGCAUCGACCUACGUGCAGAGAGUUCCGAUGUACAAUCUCCGAUGUGCCGCUGAGGAAAACUGCUUGGCAAGCUCGGCGUACAGAUCCAGCGUGAGAGACUACGACACUCGUAUGUUGCUGAGAUUCCCGCAGCGGGUCAAGAACCAAGGCACCUCCGACUUUCUUCCCAGCAGGCCGCGGUACACCUGGGAAUGGCACAGCUGCCAUCAGCACUACCACAGCAUGGAUGAGUUCAGUCACUAUGACCUGCUGGACUCCACUACUCAGAGAAGGGUGGCUGAAGGACACAAGGCAAGCUUUUGCCUGGAGGACACGUCAUGUGACUAUGGUUACUACAGACGAUAUGCAUGCACCUCCCAUACUCAGGGUCUGAGUCCAGGGUGCUACGACACUUACAAUGCAGACAUUGACUGUCAGUGGAUAGAUAUUACUGAUGUGAAACCUGGAAACUACAUCCUCAAGGUUAGUGUAAAUCCCAGUUACCACGUGCCAGAGUCUGACUAUAGUAAUAAUAUAGUCCGCUGUGAACUCCGAUACACCGGAAACUACGCCUAUGUGUCAGGAUGUCACAUUUCACCGUAUUAAAAAUAGGAAUCGUCAGAAAUUAAUCAUGGUGACAGAAAAACUGCAAAGCGAACAGAAGAACCAAUGCCGAUUAUGGGUCACUUUUCUAUUUGGAGCCGAAAAUCAGCAGGGCAUUUUAAGUUAUGACUAUGCCACACAAUGUACAACGCUGGGGCAUACGUACAGUUCUGCAAUGAAUUGCAUUAUUCAUUUUUGUUUUGUUUUUCUACUUUGAUUCCUCUUAUAGAGUUUGGAUGAAUGCCACACAUUUCCCACUAUUUUUUACCACUAUUUUUCUUUCAGAAUGAUAAAAAUGUAAAAAAAAAAUGAGACCUUCAGUCAAAAGGACACUGGGGUUUUACAUAAACCGUGCUUUAUUGUGCUAGAACAAUGCGUAUGUAUUCUGAGUAGAUAUUUAUAUACAGAUGCUCAUAUUACUGCAACACUUUUAUAUAGGCUAGUGAAAAUUUACUUGAAUAAAUGAUUUCACAUUCAACCUCA